AUGGACCUCGAAAUCUUUGGACGCGCUGGGGCCACUCUUGUCGAAUUCAGGACGCAGUUCAACGCCGCCGUUGUCGUCUUCGUUCUCUGGCUGUUUUACAGGCUAUCGAAACGCGAUCACGAACGCGCAGUAGCCUUCACCGCCACAACCCCCGAGCAGUGUGCGCCAGGCUGGCAAGGCAAGGUGUUGAACGACCCGACCAUCAAGGUACCCGAUUCGCAUAUAAUCCAGUGCUAUGCUCCAGCUACGGGCGAAUUGCUUGGCCAUAUCAACCCUGUCACCCCCGACGGUGUCGAUCGAGCAAUUAUUCGGGCUGCUGCAGCACAGAUUCAGUGGGCUAAGUCUACGUUCGCUCAACGCAGGAGAGUGCUCAAGACUCUUCUGAAGUUUAUCCUCGAGAACCAGGAUGAAAUCGUGCAAGCAGCAUGCAUUGACAGUGGCAAAACGCGCGUCGACGCGUUAUUUGGUGAGGUUUUGGUGACAGCAGAGAAGCUCAAAUGGACGAUCGAUCAUGGCGAGAAGGCGCUCCGGCCGUCGCAGCGCCCAACGAAUCUACUGAUGUUCUACAAGAAGAAUGAAGUCCGCUACGAAGCUCUGGGUGUGGUGGCUGCUUGUGUGAGCUGGAAUUAUCCGUUCCACAACUUCCUCGGACCGGUAAUCUCUGCGCUGUUUGCAGGCAAUGGCAUUGUGGUCAAGGUCAGCGAGCAAGUAGCAUGGAGUUCGGCUUACUUCGCCAACAUUGUUCGUUCUGCACUGACGGCUUGCGGUCACGACCCAAACCUCGUGCAAGCAAUUGCCUGCUGGCCGCAGACUGCUGCUCACUUGACCAGUCAUCCUGGAAUCAAUCAUCUAACCUUCAUCGGAAGCCGACCAGUCGCGCAUGAAGUUGCGAAAUGUGCAGCAAAGGCACUUACACCGCUAUGUGUCGAGCUCGGAGGCAAAGACGCGGCCAUCAUUCUCGACCAUCCCUCCAAAACACCUACGAGCGACGGUGAGAUGCACCGAGUAGCAUCCAUCAUCAUGCGUGGAGUGUUCCAGUCCGCCGGUCAGAAUUGCAUUGGAAUUGAGCGGGUGAUCGCCAUGCCAAUCGCUUACGACAGGCUUGUCGGCUUACUGGAGCCACGGAUCAAGGCUCUCAGAUUGGGCAGCGAUUUGACGGAAGAAGGUGUGGAUAUGGGUGCAAUGGUAUCUAGCGCAUCAUUCGCGAGGCUGGAGACGCUGGUAGCGGAAGCCGUCGCUCAAGGGGCGAGGUUACUCGCGGGUGGAGGCAGGUAUGAGCAUCCGAAACAUUCCAAAGGGCACUAUUUCGAGCCCACUCUGCUCGUGGACAUCCUUCCGAGCAUGAGGAUCGCGCAGGAAGAACUCUUCGGACCGGUGUGCGUAAUGAUGCAGGCAAAGAGCGUGGACGACGCUGUCCGCAUGACAAACAGCAGCUCCUACGGUCUUGGUUGCUCUGUCUUUGGGCCAACAACGAAUGCAAAGGCACGCGCAAACCUUGAAGACGUGGCACGUGGGGUAAGGGCGGGUAUGGCGGCUAUCAAUGAUUUUGCCGUGUUCUACGCUGUGCAGCUGCCGUUUGGUGGUACAAAAGGCUCCGGUUAUGGCAGAUUUGCCGGCGAGGAAGGGUUGAGAAGUUUGUGCAACUUGAAGAGUGUGUGCAGCGACAGAUGGCCAAGCCUCAUCAAGACGGCUAUCCCGGAAGCUCUGGACUACCCAAUGAAACCCCACGCUUUCAGCAUGGGCAGAGGGAUUGUCGAAGUGGGAUAUGGCGAGACUCUCAAACGGCAAGCCGGAGGCCUGCGACGCAUACUGCACAUGUGA